AUGUCUUAUUCUGGGGAGAUUUCUUUACUUCUUCAUGUUGAAAUUCCUUUGUUUCCCUUUUUCUUUCUAUUCUUUGGUUACUGGAUAUUUUGUUUCUUUUCUUCAGUUUUUCUAUUUCUUUUUUCCUUUUUUCUUAUCCUCUCUUCUUCUAUAAAUUCUUACACUUUCUUUCUGUUUUUUUAUUUAUUUGCAAAUUAUCAGUUUUCUUUUUUCUUCUUUUUACUUCUUUUUGGUCUGAUUCUUCCAGUUCAUCUGUUUCAUGCUUUGUUGAUGGCUUUCUAUUUUUACCAUCUUCAUCCUUCCUUUCUACUUUUUUUCUUUUCAUAUUGCCUGAUCUUUUCCACCUUCUCUACCCAAGUUUCUUAUAUAGUCUCUUUUUUUCUUAUUUUCUGCCAUUUUUAUUUCUAUUCAAAAUCUUAUAUCUUUUUCCUCUAUUGUCAAUUUCUUCCUGCUGCUAGAUUUUUUCUUCCUUUUCUUACUAUCUUUCUAUCAAAAUAUUUUGGCAUUUCUUUUUUUCUACUUAUUCUUUAUAUCUUCCUCUUCCUUGCUUCUUCAUCUUUAUUCAUCUUUCAAUUUUCUUAUGCAUUCCUUGUUUUUAUUCAUUCUCUUCUUUUCUUCGCUUUUCAUUACUUCUUUCAUAUUUUUCUAUUUUUCCUUGUUUUCACAUAUUCUCUCUUUUCUCUUCAUUUUUAUUCUUUUUUCAAAUUUUUCAUUCUUUAUCUUUACUUAUUUUUUUCUUCACAUCUUUAUUUUUAUUAUUCUUUCAAUUUUUUGCACAGCUUUUUUUAUUUUUUUCCUUUUGUUCAUUUUUAUCUUCUCCAUUUUUUCUUCUUCAGUUCCUUCUUCUUGUUGAUUUUCUUUAAUCUCAUAUUUUUCUCCUUUUUUUCUUUCUUUCUUUCUUUCUUUCUUUCUUUCUUUCUUUCUUUCUUUCUUCUUACUAUUUGUCUGUUUGUCUAUAACUCCUCCUAUUAUUUUCUUUCUUUCUUUCUUUCUUUCUUUCUUUCUUCUUACUGUUUGUCUGUCCAUAUCUCAUUCUAUUUGUCCUUUGUUUUUUUAUUUGUUCUUUUUCCUCACAAUCUUUUCUUUUUUUUUCUUUCUUUCUUUCUUUCUUUCUUUCUUCUUACUGUUUGUCUGUCCAUACCUCAUUCUAUUUGUCCUUUGUUUUUUAUUUGUUCUUUUUCCUCUCAAUCUUUUCUUUCUUUCUUUUCUUUUCUUUCUUUCUUUCUUUCUUUCUUUCUUUCUGUCCAUACCUCAUUCUAUUUGAAUAGAAUUUCUCACCUGGGAGGAAUUUUAGGGUCUCAGCGGAAAAGAAGUCCAGAGAUUGGCAAACCGAAAUUAUUGAAUUAUUGGUCUUUUCACAAGCUUUCCAACUUAUUUUUGUUGCUUUUCCUCCUAAUACUCAGAUCUAUGGCUGUUAAUGAAGCAGUAUAG